CCCCAUAUCUCUUUGUCUGAAUCAACUCUUUUGCUAUAUAUAAAUAUAUUAGCCAUAUCUUUCAAACUGUACUGCUGCACAAGUGUAGAGGCAGUGGCACAACAACAACAUCUUUAUGAUAGAUAGAGAGAGAACACCAUAGAGAGAAAAUAGUCAUUUAUUCAUUUUCUCGCUAAAAAAAAACCUGAGAACCCAGAGACAAAUUUUCUUCUUUCUUCUUUCUGUUUUUGGGCUAGGAAAAACCAAAAAAAUGGGUGAAAGAGAUGAUGGAUUGGGUCUAAGCUUGAGCUUGAGUUUAGGUUUUACUCCAAAGGAGCCGUCUUCUAGGUUUAAUCCAAUGCCUAUGGCUUCUUAUUCAUCUUCUUCACACAUGCAUAUGCAGCAGCAGAGCAAUUAUAGCCAUCCUCACAAGAUUCAGAACAGUUGGAUCAACAUGUUCCAGUCUUCAGAGAGAAACUCCGACAUGAGAUCGUUUCUCCGGGGAAUCGACGUGAACAGAGCUCCAUCGACGGUGGUGGUUGACGUGGAGGAUGACGCCGCCGGAGUCUCGUCCCCGAACAGCACCGUGUCAAGCGUGGUGAGCGGGAAGAGGAGCGAGCGGGAGCUAAUGGCUGCGGCAGCUGCAGCCGGAGGAGGCAGAGCAGAAGAUAACGAGAUGGAGAGAGCUUCUUGUUCGCUCGGUGGUGGUAGCGACGAUGAGGACGGGAGUGGGAACGGAGACGACGGUUCGAGGAAGAAACUCCGUUUGUCUAAAGAACAAGCUUUGGUUCUUGAAGAGACUUUUAAAGAACAUAGCACACUCAAUCCGAAGCAAAAGAUGGCGUUGGCUAAGCAAUUGAAUCUGCAGACGAGGCAAGUGGAAGUGUGGUUCCAAAACCGAAGGGCAAGGACGAAGCUGAAGCAAACGGAAGUAGACUGUGAAUAUCUGAGGAGACGUUGCGAGAAUCUAACGGAGGAGAAUCGAAGAUUGCAAAAGGAAGUGAGUGAGCUAAGGGCUUUGAAGCUUUCGCCACACUUAUACAUGCACAUGAAACCUCCCACUACGCUAACAAUGUGCCCUUCUUGCGAACGAGUGGCUGUUACAUCAUCAUCCUCGUCGGUGGCUCCUCCUGUCAUGACUUCUUCGUCUCCUAUGGGGCAAAUGAGUCCAUGGGCUGCCAUUCCUCUCCGACAACGACCUGCUGCUGGUUCUCAUUAGAGAUAUUGUCCCUUUUAUUUUUAGUAGUAAUAGAGUCUAAUAUAGGUUUUGUGAUUUGUUCUUUUUACUAUUAUGUCAAACGAUCUUUGGAAGUUCUUUCUUUUUCAAGAGUUGGUCCAUGCUCUUCUUUCCUUUGUUUUAUUCAGUUUCUAUUUUAUAGCUGAAAAUGGAGAAAUCUACUAAUGUUUCUUAAUUCUUUUUUGUUGUUUUA